UCUACUUCAAACUCAAACUCUCUACUCUCUCCUUUCUCCCUCUACAAUGGUGCCAACUAUUUCCACAAUCUUUCUCAUCUCAUUCUCUAAUUUCUUGCUAACAAUGUCAUUACCAUUUGAAAACAGAGCGCUCAUCGGAGGUCUUCACGGCGCCGGACCAUGGCACAAUGCUCAUGCUACUUUCUACGGCGGAAAUGACGCUGCCGGCACAAUGGGCGGCGCGUGUGGUUACGGCAACUUGUACAGCCAAGGCUAUGGCGUGAACACGGCGGCGCUCAGCACAGCUCUUUUCAACGACGGAUACAGCUGCGGAGCUUGUUUCGAGAUCAAGUGUGUUAAUGACCCGCAAUGGUGCCACGCCGGUAACCCUUCUAUUUUUGUGACGGCCACCAAUUUUUGUCCUCCCAAUUAUGCUCUGCCUAAUGACAAUGGUGGAUGGUGCAACCCUCCUCGCCCUCACUUCGACCUCUCCAUGCCCAUGUUUCUUAAGAUUGCCCAAUACCGUGCCGGUAUUGUUCCCGUCUCCUUUCGCAGAGUGGCAUGUCGGAGGGAGGGAGGAAUGAGGUUUACGAUCAACGGAUUUAAAUACUUCAAUUUAGUAUUGAUAACCAACGUGGGAGGCGCAGGGGAUAUUGUGAGUGUGAGUAUCAAAGGGUCGAAGACAGGGUGGAUGAGUAUGACACGUAAUUGGGGUCAAAACUGGCAAUCAAACACCGUUUUGGUGGGUCAGUCACUUUCGUUUAGGGUUAAGAGCAGUGAUAAUCGGAUUUCAACUUCUUCCAACAUUGUUCCUUCUCAUUGGCAGUUUGGUCAAACUUUCAUCGGCAAAAACUUCUAAUUCUUGAUUUUGGGUUUCUGAUUUGGUGUUGCAAUGAAUCAUCUCUCUAUGCAGUGGAAAAUUUUAAUGUUUUAAGUUAGUGAUAAUGAUCCAAUAGUAUAUUUGCUAUCACAUCAUAAUAUGCUUGUAAAUUGAUCACAUCCUUUUCAAUUAUAUAAACCAAUUCCUAAUGUUAUCCAUUGCUUUUAAGAUUUAAAA